UGCACGGGUCAAUGACUAGCCGUCAUUCGUAUGACCGUGUUUUACAUCAAAACGGCUUAGCUGCGUAGGCUACAUCAACCCAAACAUAACUUUAAGGGAAAACCAAGGCAUUUUACGAUGGAAUUUACACAAGUUUUAACGUUAACGUUAGAUUACUCGAUUGACAUAGCAUUCAACAGUAUUAUCGCCUGGUAUGUAUUAUUUAAAUCAUAAAGUAGCUUCAUUUUAAAUUUAAAUGAACGCUAUUUUUCUUAAAUUGGAUAUUGUCUAUAUCUGUAUCUACUAUAUUACCUCAUUUAUAGGUUAUAAGUAGAUCUCAUAUAAGGCUGGACAAGGAAAACUGUUGCUUGUGAGAGAUUAGAGCGUGCAGAAGUCAUAAUCCGGAUUAGUUAACUGUCCACACAGUGCGCGCGCAUCCGCUUCAACACCGAACAAAUUAAGUGUUAUCCAAACAAACAUUACUUUUUAACAAAAAAACUCCACAAUUAUAUGUGUAUAUGUAUUGAUAAAAUAUUGUUUAAUUCGACAAUAUUCUUAAAUGAAGGCAUAUUAUUGUUACAUUUUGACUAUACAUUUAGUUUGUCUUGUUACAGUUUUACACACACUAGUUUGAGAGUGAAUACAUUCUUACGAUAUGUUGUAAUUUAGGUCCCUCCCAUUGGGGGAACAUGCUAAACUUUUGUUAACACUUGAAACAGAAUUGUUUAUCGCUACCACAUGGCCAGUAACAUUCAGAGCCAGCUUAGACUUCUGUUCUGGUCAAAAAAAUGAGAGAUUAGUUUACAUUAAAGAGAAAUAUUGUGGAACAACAUAGUUGCCAGUUCAAGAGUAGUUCCUGACUGUGGAUAUAUGCGAACAUCUGAAAUGGGGUUGAGAUACUUUCUGACUCUGGCUACCGGACUGCUGGAGUGUUUGUGUUUUGCUGGAAUUGUGUUUGGUUGGGCGUCUCUCAUGUUUGUGUUGAAGUCAGAUGGAUACUUCAGUGAACUGUGCGUUAAUGUUACAGACUCGAAUGGAGAAAGCUUAGAUUGCAGUCUGCAGGAUGAGAAUUUCUCACUGGUUUUCACUAUUGCUUCCUUCAUGCAUAACUUUUCUUCUCUUCCCAAUGGAUUCUUUUACGACCACUUUGGCACAAUGGCAACACGGUUUCUGGCUAUAUUUUUUUAUAUCACAGGAACCUUGCUAAUGGCAUUAUCCAAUAAAGCUCUUUCUCUCCUGCUUUUCCCUGCUAUGUCCUGCAUUGCUGUGGGGGGUGUUUUGUUUUUAAUGACGAAUAUGCAGGUAGGAAACCUUUUUGGUUCUCACAGAUCAACCAUUAUAACCAUCUACAAUGGAGCCUUUGACUCUUCAUCAGUUAUAUUUCUCAUCAUGAAGGUGCUGUAUGAGAGAGGAAUCUCUCUUCGCUCCUCAUUUCUUUUUCUCUCAGCCUGUAAUAUCAUUCAUCUUCUCCGGACUACCACUCUCAUGCCAAAGUCACACAUUCCCUAUCCAGUCCCAGAAAACUACACAUAUGGGAUUAGCUGUGCUAAAUCAAAUAGCUACAAUGUAGAACAUUACGAGGCAGAGCAAGAACAGGGUUUAAAUAGAGACAGAGGUAAAGAAGAUAAGACAACGGAGACUGCAGGCUCACUACAGGUUACAGACAACUCUGAGAAAGGUACUAUUUGGCCAUACUGGACUAAAUUAUCAAUACUGAAACUUGAAAUAACAUUUGUCCUCUUUUUUAUAGCCAGCUUAAAGAGCUGUGUUUUGUCCUGGUUCUUUCUGUGGCAUCUGGUUUGGCUGUCAGUCAUGCAACUUCGUCACUAUUUCUUUAUUGGAGCUCUGAAUCCAAUGCUGAACAGACUGGCCAACCAAGACCCUGCUGUUGUCAGUAAAUACACCAAUGCGUUUGCCUUUACCCAACUGUGUGGAUUUCUCUGUGCUCCCUGGAAUGGUCUUCUAAUGGACAGACACAGAAGAAAACCCUUGAAUCCAGGCCUGUCACAACGAGAAGCAGACCUACGUUCCUCCAUUCUGUCUCUCUUCCUCACCUCCCUCCAGUGUCUUCUGUUCUCCAUCUGUGCAAGCGUUCCCUACCUCUCACUCCAGUACCUCACCUUCAUCCUUCAGGUCCUCAAUCGCUCUUUUCUGUAUGGAGGCAAUGCUGCGUUUAUCAGUAUAGCGUUUCCUGCUCAUCAUUUUGGAAAGCUUUUUGGUCUAGUGAUGUCUCUAUCUGGUUUGGUAUCUUUGCUACAGUAUCCCUGCUUUGCCCUCAGCAAAGUUCUUGGAGGGGACCCCUUCUAUGUGAACAUCAUGUUGACUGCCCUGACUCUACUGGCCUUCAUACAUCCUCUUAAUGUUUUCUUCCACUGCAGAAAGCUGGCAAAACAGAGAGAGAACAUUUCAGAGUUCUCAAUGAGAGAAACACCAAUGUAUUAAUAUGAAUGGUUUUAUUUGUACGAUAAGCUUAUGUAUAUCUAUAUAGGACUAUAUACAGGUUUGGUAAGUGAAAAAUGCAUAGAUGAAAUUCUAAAGACAAAGUUAAACUUUGUACUUUAUGCUAUGUAAAUGAGUUCCUCACAGUGUAGGAAGGUGGGCCAAAUUCUGUGGGCUCCAUCAACAUCAACAGCCAAUUACGGCUCUACAUCAGGAAAGCCCAAAUAUGCAAACUCCUCCUUAUCUGAAAAGUUAUAAAAGUACCUUUUUUCAGACCCCCAUUGUUCCGGUCUCCGGCUUUAUGCUAAGAGACUGAAACAGAGCACCCAAGUUCUGAGUCUUCCCCAAAGAUUGUAACAGGACAACCCCCAUCGUUCUGAGUCUCCAGCCUGUGUGCUAGAGGUUGCCACAGAGCACCCAAGAUCUCAGUCUCCAACUGAGUUUCUGUCCUGUGCGUCCAAAGACUAAGCAGAUCACACCACGUUCUGAGCUUCUCGUCCAGAAAGGCAAUCACAGAUGUCUGCAACAAGUUGAAGCUUCAUCUGCGUGUUCCAGAUUGUUAAAGCUCACAUAACACACGCUGUUUCUGCAUAUCUAAUAUUAAUCUGAAGUACCUAUAGAGUAGUAUUACAUCCUUCAUAUCUCCGAAGAGUAUUUAUUUUUAUAAGAUUUAUAAAAGAAAUAUCAGCUUUUAGCGAGUCAACACUUUAUGGGCCCUAUUUUAACGAUCUGAAAUGCAAGUGCAAAGCGCAAAGCGCAAGUGACUUUGUGGGCGGAUCUUGGGCGCUGUUGCUAUUUUCCCGGCGGGAGAAAUAACUCUUGCGCCAGGCGCAAAUCAAUAAGGGGUUGGUCUGAAGUAGGUUCAUUAUUCAUAGGUGUGGUUUGGGCGUUACGUCAAAUAAACCAAUCAGAACGCUAUCCAACAUUCCCUUUAAACACAAGGGCGCAAGUUCCAUGGCGGGUUGCUAUUAUUAUGACGAAUUUACCAGACGCAUGCCAGGUGCGGUUCACAGCCGACGUUCUUGUAAGAGCAGCCAAAGACAGUGAAGUUGUUUUGCAUGGGGAUGGGAGAAACCCGCCCAAAUCAGCGUGGGAGGAAAUAGCCACAAUUGUCUCAUCAGCUGGUAUCCCCAUCAUUGCGCCAAGCGCUACAAUGAUGUCAGGAGAUGGGGGAAUCCCAAGCUUGCCAGCAUAAAUCGGCCACGCCGUGUAACGGGAGGUGGAUCUGCCUCUACACAUGACCUGACGCCAGCAGAGGACAUCGCUGCGUCCACCCUCACCGCUGAAAGCCAAGAAACGCAGUCCAACCCCAAAGUACACUUAGAAAUCAAGUUUACAUACAUAAAGGUUUCUUAUGAAAACAUUUUAAUUAUUAUUUACAUAAAAUAAACGUAAUACAGCCACACAACAAACUUAUGAAAAUAUUUGAAUCGUUAUUUGCAUGAUCAUUUUUUAACGCAGCCACACAAUAAAUAAAAACUAUAACCACAAUGCUCACCACAAUGAUUGUCCUUAUCUCAUGUGUAAAUAUUUUUUAUUGUAACAAUUUAUGAUUUGCAAAAAUAACUGUUGCCUCUGUGUAUAGAUAAGCAAAUUGUGUGCGCGUUGUGCACGCUAUACAUUAUGGUCAAGCAUGCGCCCUUAAAAUAGCAUAAUGAACAACGCGCAACGCGUCACUGACUUUAGACUAGUUUUUUUUUUUUUGGUCAGUGGCGCAAUUGUUUUUUGAAACUGCAAAAUAGCAUCAGGGAUGGUUUGCGCCAGAACACGCCUCCUUUUUUGCGCUGAAGUUCAUUCCCUAGUUUGCGUCACUGACUUAGCGUCACUGACAAAGUCAAUUGCGCUGGGUGCAAGAUAGGGCCCUAUAUAACACUGACUGGAUACUUAUAAUUCACUACAUGUUCGUGUCGUUUAUAAUAUGCACUUACGCACCUAUUUCCAAAAUAACACAAGUUAUACUUACUGCAUGCAACUCAUGACCUGGUUGGGACUUUUCAAUGAAAUUCAGCGUUAAACAAACACAUACGCAAAACUUUGGAUAAACAAACUAUCCAUUUUUUCCAUAAUGUUGGCUUUCUUCUCCUUACAUCCAAAAACACACUUUUUCUUUCGUGCCAUUGUUGAGUUUGAUAUAAAACAAAGCUUUCGCGUGAAGUGAUGCCUGUAACUUGGCGUCCUCGGCUCUCGCGCUGAUUGACAUGUGGGUGUGCUUUUUCGGGGGAAGUGCCCAUAAAAACGUGAUACAUAUAGCUUACUCCUGAAAUGUCAGCUGGACCCGUAAUCGAAAAAAACUUUCCGAAACUUGUACGAACCCUGGCGAAGUGCAUUUGGCACAGAAAUACUCUGUAACACGCAUGAGGAAACCAACUCUUAAACUUUGUUAAUACGUUAGAAUGCAUAAAAAUACCAUUAAACCCCCACUUUAAGGACCUUCUGCACAUAAAUAUCACUUAACCACACCUGUUUCCUGAAACCUUGGCAUUGGUGUAUUCUGUCAGUAACUAUUUACCAUACUUAUUUUUCAAUAUUGCAUAACUGAUUUUUUAUGUUUAUUUUAGUAUCAUUUAGUAGUGUUUUUAGUUAUUCUUGUUUAUCUUUUGUUAAUAAAAAUUCCAUUUUAUUA